UGGAGAGCGACCACGUUUUGUGGUGGUUUACUUGGAAAUUUUAUUGAAUUAUUUAAAUUUUUUCAUAUUUUGUUUAACAAAUGGAGUUGGUCGAUUUGGGCAAACCCAGCAAUUGUUUCAAAUUUUCGUUCCGAAAUGUUAGCCUCAACAAGCAAUUGGCUGGGAAACAAUCGCAGGAUGAAGGCCUUAAAAUUCUGGAAAAUGUUUCGGGAUUAUUCGCUUCCGGAAGAAUGGUUUGUAUACUGGGUCCUUCCGGUGCGGGUAAAUCCAGUUUGCUGAACGUUCUCAGUGGCCACAAACAGACUGGAGCUUCCGGUCAGAUUUUUUUCGAAGGUCGGUUACUAAACAAGCGUCUACAACGAAAACUAGUGUCUUACACACCUCAAUCGGCCAGCCUUUGGAUGAACUUGACUGCUCAAGAAUGCCUAGAGUACGCCUGUGAUUUUAAGCUUGCAACGAAAUCUUCAAAAUAUGAGAAGAUAUCCACAGUUCGCAGAGUUUUGGAGAACAUAGGAUUGCAAAAAUGUUCCGAAACGAUGGUGAAAAAUCUUUCUGGGGGAGAACUGAAGCGAUUAUCCAUUGGAGUUGAGCUGGUAUCAGAUCCGAAAGUAAUGCUCCUGGAUGAACCAACUAGUGGAUUGGAUGUUAUUUCCUCCUAUCAACUAUUGAGCUAUGUUCAGGAAGUGGCCAGAUUUCAGAAUCGAGCUGUCGUUUGCGUGAUUCAUCAACCUAGCUCAAAACUGUUGCAACUUUUUAAUGACGUAUUCGUCCUAUCCGGUGGAAAACAAAUCUAUUCCGGAUCACUCGAAACUAUGGUCGAUACUUUUGCCCGAUUUGAUUUCAACUGUCCGGUGUCCCAUAAUCCUGCUGAUUUUGCACUGGAGAUCGCAAGUAUGGAUCAGACUGAGCCUAGACUGCAACACCUGAUGGAUUUCCAGGAACCAUCAGUCGAAAUGACAACGAAAAUUAAUACAGAGAUCGUCGAUGACUUUCAAAUAAGUUAUCCACUUGAAUCGCAUGAUCAAUUUCGUAUCCUUCUGAAACGUUCUUUGUUGUGCACAUUUCGAGAUUUGUACAAUGUGACAGCACGUUUCAUCAUUUGUACCAUCAUUUCUUUCCUGAUUGGGCUUGUCUUCUACGAUUCGGGAAAUAAUGCCUCCAAACUGUUGAUGAACACCGCAGUUUUUAUGGCGAUAAUCUACACUCAGUGCUUCACCAGUCUUUUCUCAACAAUAAUAACAUUUCCACUUGAAGCCGAUGUCUUCAUUCGAGAAUACAAAAAUAAUUGGUACUCUUUAGGACCUUACUACUGUGCUAAGCUCGCAUCAGAAAUACCUGCUGUGAUUCUUUCGGGGACAGUCUUCUACCUUAUAUCGUACUACCUCACCGGUCAACCCUGGGAACUCCAUCGGCUUCUGCUCUUUUGGACGGCUUGUUUUUUGGCAACCUGGAUUUCAGUUCUCACGGGACUGAUGUUGUCCAACUUUUUCGCACUGCCUUCGGCUAUUUUUGGAUCUGUAAUAGUAGUUCUUCUAACUAGUCUUUUUAGUGGGUUCUACGUCACCUUAACGGAUAUGGGUUGGUGGUUGAAGCCGUUCAGCUACCUAUCAUAUGUGCGUUACGCCCUGGAGGUUGGAUUUCAUGCCAUUUAUGGACUUGGUCGGCGGGAGAUCGAAUGUCCGGACAUAUUUUGUUAUUUUACUUUACGGAAGUUUUGCAAGGUCUGGGGGAUGCCGGAGCUGGACUGGAGCACCGAUUUGUUGGCUUUGGUAGCGUAUUGUGUUGCGAUGCAUUUUGGGUUAUAUUUCGUACUGAGCCGAAGAAUUCGUCUUGAAGUUUGA